CGCAAUCCCGCUGUACAUAUCCCGAUGCCGUCUGUUCGAUCGAGUUUAGUAGGCCUUUCGAUCAUGCCGCUAAACAGCUGACCGCUAUCUCCGGCCCGGACUUUGGACCAUGAAGUCGACUUUCGGCCGAUGAGGCAUGAUAAAUGACGACCUAUGACAUUUGAUUGUUGAGAGCUUGCGGACAUUACAAGCUCUGACAUCUCCGUUGUAAUCUCGUUGGGCCUGUAGAAUGGCACAGCCUCGAACGCAUAAGAGAGAGCAAUGCCAGGGUCUCGAUCCAACUCAUCGCUAAGCCAUCAAGCCAUUUUCAUCUACCUUUAAAUCCGAAAACCUCGUACAACAAGCAUGUCCCCUCCCGUUCAAGCAUAUCGGCCCUAUCUGAAUAGACACGAAAUACCAAAUGGGCCGAGGGACCAGCGCCCUACAGCCAUUGACGUUGUCAGAGACCUUGGUCUUGAGGGCAAACUCGGAAACCAAGUGAUUCUGAUCACUGGUUGUAGUGCAGGCCUUGGUGUUCAGACCGCUAGAGCGAUUUACUUGACUGGAGCCAAGAUUUACAUCACGGUUCGCAAUGAGCAGAAAGGCCAGAAAGCCAUCGAAGCCAUCACCAAGGAUGCACCCGAGGGCCAAGCAGUAGAAGUGGUUUACAUGGACCUUGGAGACUUGAACAGCGUUUGCGCUGCUGCCAAGGACUUUGUACGCAGGAGUACCACAUUGAACAUUUUGAUCAACAAUGCCGGUGUAAUGAAUGCUCCCAAAGGCAAGACUGUCAGCGGUUUUGAGACACACAUGGGGGCCAACCACUUUGGUCACUUCCUCUUCUUCCAGCUGCUCAAACCUCUACUGCUCUCUUCAUCCACACACACUCAGACUUCUCGUGUAGUCACCUUGUCGAGUUACGGUCACACCUUGUCACCGAUCCGCUUCGACGACAUGGCGUUUGAGAAAUCCGAGUAUGAUCCUUGGGUAGCUUACGGUCAAAGCAAGACUGCAAACAUCUACAUGGCCAACAGCAUUGACCGCCUCUACGGAUCACAGGGCUUGCAUGCGAUCUCGGUCCACCCAGGCGUGAUCUUCGAUACCGAGUUGAUGCGCCACACUAAUGAUGACACUCUUGCCAGCCUGGGCGGAAAGGAUGUUUUUGGCAAGCUCGAAAAGAGCCCCGAGCAGGGUGCUGCAACCACUGUCUGGGCUGCCCUGACACCUCACUUUGAUGAGAAGGGCGGUGUCUAUUGCGCUGAUGUAGGCGAGUCUGUCGCAGCGGGGGAGAACGCGCCAGUCGGUGGUGCAGAGUAUGUUACCCAUGCCUACGAUCAACAGGCAGAGGAUCGUCUUUGGGACCUCAGUUGCAGAGCUGUCGGAGUCUAGGCUGCCGAUUGACAACUGCUGUCUGACGCGGGUCUAAACGAUGAGCCAAGAGAUUCCUCCAUUCGGUGGUGAUGAUAGUACUCAUGGAUCAUUCUAGCUCAUCGGCUUAUGACAGUACUGGUUUGUGAUUUUGGUAUCUCGAAAACAAAGGUUCAACUCUUUUCCCAACUCCAUCCUGUAUGCGCCUCAUCUCACCAGUUGUAUGCAGUCACAACUGGGUGUAUCCUUCCUUCUUUGAUCUCAAGGUGUCAAGCCUCCAGUUUGAGGGCUGCCGGCGUACCUGAUCUUGCUGUGUUCGAACGCGUGGCUUCUCAUCAAAG